AAAAAUUGUUAGAAAAGGGCACUUUAGUUUUUUUUGUGGAAAAUAUACCAUACUUUUAUCCCCGAAUCAGGCCAAAGUGAGCUAGACGAAGAGGCCCCUCACACAGCAAUUAGCGCGUGCAUGCCGGACGGCCAUUCGCCGGAAUCCCUUCCCCGCCAUUGCCUCCCUCAGCCUGUACUCCUCGAAAAUUUCAGCUGGGGAAAUCCAGUUCAUCACACCACGUAUUUAUACUUACAGUUUUUUUGGUCUUUAGCGUGGAUACAUACCCAACACAUUCACGCUCUCUAACCUGCUUUGUAACUCCUAUUUAUCUCAGACCUAAUUCUAAGUCCCACCUCACGUUCGCUUAGACUACCUCAAGAUGGCUAUGGCAAUGGCAUUUCCGACCACCACGGUCAACCUCUCGACCACGUCGUCGGCGCCGCAAUUCUAUCAAAACACAAUCUCGCCGAUUGCUCAGCUUGAGCUGAAUUCGCUCUGGCGCACAGUGCCCGCACAACUAUCGUUCGCGGACAUCGAGGAGACAUACGCGGCGCGCCUCGCGCUCAACAUCGGGCGCUCCAUGUGGUCGCGCGGCGAUCCCAACACGUACCAAAGCAUCCCCGUACAUAUUUGGCAUAAGCGCAAACACGCCUUGGACACCUCAGGUAUCAUCAACGCAUCCAGCUUCAUGCCCACCAACCCCUACAACCAGCUUCCUGCCACCGACAAAGACAAGAUCGCCGACCCGGAAGCGAUUCCGUUCGGCUCCAACGUCAACCCCUUGGUGCCCGACCCCAUCGGACAUGUACACCUCACACCGGGGUGUGUGGCAGUGGUAAGCUACUUGCAAAAGGGGCAGAAGCGCGCGGCGCUUGCCGCUCCUAAAACGUCGCUCGUACGCAACGCGUCGCAGCUCAUAACCCGCACACUCAUCGCUGACAAUCUCAACAAACGCUUGCAAACGACCGAUUCAAUUUUGACAAGCGUCAACGGCCGUGUGCUUAAUGUGAUGGCUGUUUCACCGCUGCUCGUCUCGCCGGAGAAUACCGUAGAGCCCGUAGCUCCCGCCCUGGGUGAGAUGGCCCUGGCCUCCGACGUGGUAUCGAGCCUCUUCCGCAAAGAAUUCACCACGGGACAGAACCUUGAUACGCCGUUGUUACGGAUUGUUUUCUCACUGUACGUCAUCAGCGCGCUAGCAGUAUUUGACACGACCUCGGAACGUUUAGAUAUCGCCGUGGGCUUCACCAAUGGGGACAUUUUCUGGGUAGACCUCCUUUCAGAGAAGAUCAAGUACUCGCGGUUUAACAAAAACGGUAAAAUCAUCAAUAGCGGGAUUGUUUCGAUCACCUGGAGUCAGUGCGGGCAAUGGCUCAUAGUGGGAUUCGCUAAUGGCGAGGUUGCCAUCUUUGACCGUGCCGGCGACGACGCUGAAAUGUAUCCCAAGCAGCUAGAAAGCGCUGAGAAGUACCUUGCAGUGUACAAAUCGAUGAAAAGCGGGUACUUCGCAGAGGCUGUUGGGAAAAAGGGCCCAGGCGUAUCCAACCCCGUUGCCCACUAUAAACUCUCCAACAAACCCAUCACAAGCAUCACUAUCAAUUCUGCGGACGCAAAUAUGCUUUCGAUCACCUCGGAUGAUGGUUAUACGCGCUUAAUGGAUCUUCCGUUGACGAAGCGGCCGGUGCUGUCAGAAAAAGUUUCGGACAUGCUUCCGGGCUACUUCGGUGGGGUGCUCUGCAGCGCAUUCUCGCCCGAUGGCAAGUUUCUCGCGAUCGGCGGCGAGGACGACUUGAUUGCAAUCUACCAGUUGAGUUACGUAAACUUGGGCCAGUUGAUUCACAAGACGCUUUCCGGAGGUGGCUCCCAGGCGUCCUUCAUGGGCGGCUCAACAACAUUGGCUACGCACAACAUCUUGAAUGUGAAGCUUGUAGCGAGGCUAGAGGGCCACAAGUCAUGGGUGCGCGACAUCAAGUUCGACUUGGAGAAGUGUCCACCGGUAGACACGUCUUCGCCUGUGACGUACCGUAUCGGCAGCGUGGGUGACGACAGUCGCCUUUUCUUCUGGGACUUUAACCCGAAAUCCGUGCCAAAGGUCAAGAAGCAGCCCAGCUCGACGAAACCCAAGAAAGAAAAGAAAAAGCUGCACCACCAGCGCCAACGCUCGGGUGAAAUUACGUUACCGCAUGUGAGCUCCUCAUCUCACAUGCAGCAGAUCCACCAAUUGUUACGGUCGGCCAACAGUACAAACCUGUUGACAGGGUUGAACCAGGCGAGCGCGUCGACACUUGAGUUAGUGGAGCACUUCACCCGGAACUAUGAGACAACGUUACAUCGCAAUAUUAGUAACAAGGACAUGGGGUAUGUAUUACCGGUGCUUGAGGUUGAUUUGAAUAUCGGGAAGAUGAGUGGGGUGAUAUUUGAUGGGCGGCAAAAGCUUUUGUGGGGUGUUUGUAAGAGUGGGGAUAUAAUCAGGUGGAGUAAAAACUAGCGAUGGCUAAUGCGAAGUCGGCCCCAGGUGAGCUUGGGGCAAAACUUGGGCAAAGAAAAUAAUAUAUACGAUGCGUAAAUAUAUAUAGAUUCUAUAUUUCUGGAUAUCUCGAUAGAAAAGUAUACAAGGAUGGUUAAACGUGUGGAGCUUGACAGGGAAU